UUUUGCAAAAUAACCCUCUCUCUCCUCCCUUGCAAUUACGCCAGGGACCGGAUCGGAAUGGUCGUCCUUCCCGCCGCCGCGCCGCGCCGCGGAUGCCAUGCCGCGCCCGCCGCCGCUAGCAGCCCUAGUCACCCGCCACCCUCACCACCUACCCGCCUCCGCCUCCUAUUCCUCAGCCUCCACGCUCCCCGCCUACCGCGCGCUCAUCCGCGACCUCGCCUCCGCCGGCCGCCUCGACGACGUCGACGCCGCCCUCGCCUCCGCGCGCUCCCGCCUCGACCCAGACUCCCUCCAACCGCUCUACGUGGCCUGCAUCCAAGCCUACGCCCGCGCCGGCCGCCUCCGUGCCGCCGUCGACACCUUCGAGCGCAUGGACCUCUUCGGCAGCCCGCCCGCCGCCCCCGCCUAUAACGCCAUCAUGGACGCCCUCGUCAACGCCGCCUACCACGACCAGGCUCACAAGGUCUACGUCAGGAUGCUAGCCGCCGGCGUUCCUCCCGACGCCCGCACCCACACCGUCCGCCUCAAGUCCUUCUGCCUCACCGGCCGCCCGCACGUCGCGCUGCGCCUGCUGCGCACCUUGCCGGAGCGUGGGUGUGACUCCCAACCCGUCGCCUACUGCACGGUCGUGCGGGGGCUCUAUGCCAACGGCCACGGUCACGAUGCACGUCGCCUGUUCGAUGAAAUGCUCUGCAGGGAUGUCUUCCCUGACGUUGCCACUUUCAACAAUGUUUUGCACGCUCUUUGCCACAAUGGGGAUAUCUUCGAGUCUGGGGCACUUCUCGCCAAGGCCCUCAAGCGGGGGAUGUCGGUAAACAAGUUCACCUACAACAUAUGGAUCCGUGGGCUCUGUGAAGGCGGCAGGUUGGGAGAGGCUGUUGCGCUCGUGGAAAGGAUGGACUCCCACAUUUUGCCAGAUGUUGUGACUUACAAUACAUUGAUGCGUGGCCUUUGUAAGGACUCCAAGGUCUGGGAAGCUGCACAAUAUCUUCGUAGGAUGAUCAACCGGGGCUGCAUACCAGAUGAUUUCACCUACAACACCAUCAUCGAUGGCUACUGCAAGAGGGGCAUGCUGCAGGAAGCUACUGAGCUCCUGAAAGACGCUGUCUUUAAAGGUUUUGUGCCGGACCGGGUCACAUACUGCUCACUGAUCAAUGGACUGUGCGCCGAGGGUGAUGUCGAGAGGGCCCUGGAGCUCUUUAGUGAGGCACAAGCAAAAGGUCUGAAGCCUGACCUUGUUGUCUACAACACCCUUGUCAAGGGGCUCUGUCGUCAGGGCCUGAUCUUGCAUGCCUUGCAGAUCAUGAAUGAGAUGGUCGAGGACGGCUGCCAUCCCGACAUUUGGACAUACAAUAUUGUCAUCAACGGACUAUGCAAAAUGGGAAAUAUUUCAGAUGCGACAGUUGUGAUGAAUGAUGCCAUUGUCAAAGGAUACCUUCCAGAUGUCUUUACCUUCAACACAUUGAUUGAUGGCUACUGCAAGAGAUUGAAUCUGGACAGUGCCCUUCAGCUUGUCGAAAGGAUGUGGACAUAUGGCAUUGCCCCUGAUGCUAUUACAUACAACUCAGUUCUGAAUGGUCUCUGCAAAGCAGGGAAGGCCAAGGAAGUCAAUGAAACAUUCAAAGAGAUGGUCAUUAAAGGAUGCCGACCAAAUGCUAUCACAUACAACAUACUGAUAGAGAAUUUUUGCAAGAUCAAUCAACUUGAAGCGGCUUCUGGGGUGAUAGUCAGGAUGAGCCAGGAAGGAUUAGUUCCUGAUGCGGUUAGUUUCAACACGCUGAUUCAUGGGUUCUGCAGGAAUGAUGAGCUUGAUGGAGCAUACCUACUGUUUCAGAAGUUGGAUGAGAAAGGGUACUCUGCAACAGCUGAUACUUUCAACAUCCUGAUUGGUGCAUAUUCUAGUAAGCUGAAUAUGGAAAUGGCUGAAAAGAUUUUUGAUGAAAUGAUCAGCAAGAGCUAUAAACCUGAUCUGUAUACCUAUCGUGUUCUAAUUGAUGGGUCAUGCAAGGCUGCAAAUGUUGAUCGCGCAUAUGUGCAUCUGACAGAAAUGGUAAAAAAGGGUUUUGUUCCAUCGAUGGUGACUUUUGGCCGUGUAAUAAAUGCACUCGCAUUGAAUCAUCGAAUAUCCCAAGCUGUUUCUAUUAUUCACAUUAUGGUGAGAAUAGGAGUUGUUCCCGAGGCUGUUGAUACCAUCUUUAGUGCUGAUAAGAAGGAGAUAGCUGCACCAAAGAUACUUGUUGAGGAAUUGAUGAAAAAGGGUCACAUUAGUUACUCUACUUAUGAAGUUCUUCAUGGAGGAGUGAGAGAUACCAGAUUAACUAGAAAAGCUAGAAAGGAAAAAUGCAUCUAAUAUGUUUACUUCACCACAUCAGUACAAAAUCAUGGCAGUAAGCCGAUAGAGCUUUGAUGUACCUGAGCAUAAGAUCUUAUUAAUCCUAUUAGUAGCUGUACACUAUCACUUCAGGGCUUCUUUGUUCAGAAUAUGUAGACUACCUGUUCCUAGUUGUAGGAAUACAAAGGUCCGACAUUUCUAUGUAUGUAUGAAGGCUCAUGGUAGUUCAAGGGCUGCAAUGUUUGAAGUCAGUGUUGGAAGGUGGCCACUACUCAUAAGAAAUACUUGUGGAAUUCUGAGUAAUUUGGCCAUUUCUGUGACUUGCUUACAGAUCUCAUGGGAAGUGCCCUCAUCCCUCUCUAUUGGCUUACUUAAAUGCCGUCACACUCUGAGAUACAUAGUAAAACACUAUCUUGGGACAUUUCUAAGUUACUCUAUAUAUUACAAAGACAUGCUCAAAAACGUUGACAAAUUUGUUGCAAGUGCUAUUGACAUAAACAAUACUGACAUGUUAUUAGAUCCCGACUCAUUUUCUCAAAUGCUUUCAAUAGCCUGUUAAUGCAGGCUGCUGUGCUCUUCUGACUGAGCUUGUGACAAGAUUCUGAACCACCUCCUGUCUGUUGCUGUUGGUGCUUCUAUAUGUGUCAUAUGCCAUUCAAUAAACAAGAAUGACAGGCAUCCUCACAUUAGUCACCAUCAGUUUUUCAGACACACGACUGAGUGACCUUGGGAAGGAGGUUGAGUUGAGAUGAUGAAGCAAAUUUCCAAGGCUCUACUACAACCAAUGAAGCUGUAUUCUCUAGUCUGUACCUGGCUGUCUGUUGUCACACGGAUCAAGUGAUACAUCUCAGUGUGAAGUUAUUCCAUUAAUUUGCUUUGUGCAACCUAACUGGUACUUUUCUACAUGCUGCAUGUCUAGCUCUACUAAUCAUAAUAACACUCGUUUGUGCCUGUAAUAUCGCUGUACAUGGAUUAUAUUUCUAGGCUGGCUUGUAUUUGCAAA